AUGUCUGCAUCUGCUUCCAGAUCCGACAAUGGCCAUACUGAUAGCGAUCCGGUCCUGACUCCGGAUGCCACCGCAUCACCACCACUGAGUACUUCGUCUCCAGAGGACGCUGUGGUCGUGUCCGAAACACCCAUUCUUGGCCCAAGUGGAAGUCCAAAACUGUCCAGAAAUCCGUCCUUCUCGGGCAGUUCAUCAUAUCAAGAGGAUUGGGAGGCUUUUCCACCAUUAGACCGUAUGACUGUACUCGAUUUGCUCGACAAUUUUGCCUUGCCCCAGCAACUGGAAAAGAUACAGAAAGGCAUAACCGCUCAGACCGAGAAGGUCCGCAAAUCAAGAGAUGCCAUCAAGUCAAAAAGCCACCAAGCUAGAGAGCGCAUGGUCGAGCAGUGGCGCCGACGGGUGCCCUCCGCCGAGGAACAGCUGGACAAGUAUCGCGCUCGCAUGAAGAAGAAUGUCGACAGACUUGGCCGACAAUGGAAUGACACCAAGAUCAUCACGGCGCGUGAGAAGGUCUCGUUCAUUUUCGGUGUCAUGAACAUCUUCCUCAGUGGCUACCUCAUCGGUGCCUACCCGGAAUAUUUCCACCUCUGGUACACGGCCCAGUUGCUGUACUUUAUGCCGAUCCGCUUCUACUCUUACCAUAAGCGGGGCUACCAUUACUUUCUGGCUGAUCUCUGCUACUUUGUCAACUUUCUUUUGGCUCUCGCCAUUUGGGCCUUUCCCUCGUCGAAGCGUAUGUUCGUUUCGGCCUUUUGCCUGGCCUUUGGCAAUAAUGCGGUAGCCAUCAUCAUGUGGCGCAACUCGCUCGUUUUCCACAGCUUUGACAAGGUUACUUCGUUGUUUAUUCACAUAAUGCCGUGUGUGACGUUACAUUGCAUCACACAUCUCAUUCCCGAGGAGCUGCAGAAGGAGCGGUUUCCAGCACUUUGGACUGUCAAGACCUCGCCGCCGGGAUCCCCAACGGCGUAUGCGAACAUCAUAUCCAUGCUGGCCUGGUCGACUAUUCCUUACCUGUUCUGGCAGCUUAGCUACUAUUUCUUCAUCACCGUACGCCGCCGCGAGAAGAUUGCCGCCGGCCGCCCAACAUCAUUCACCUGGCUACUCAAGUCCUACUCCAAAGCUUGGAUCGGCAGGCUUGUACUCUCGCUUCCCGAGUCUCUACACGAGCCUGCUUUCAUGUUGAUCCAGUACUCGUAUGCUGUUCUCACCAUGUUACCAUGUCCUUUGUGGUUCUACAGCCGCUGGGCGUCCGCUGCAUUCCUCAUGGGUGUAUUCACCUGGAGUGUAUACAAUGGCUCUACUUACUACAUUGAUGUUUUUGGCAAACGAUUCCAGAAAGAGUUGGAGCUGAUGAAGGCUGAGGUUUCCAAAUGGCAAAACAGUCCUGAUCUCAUACUUUUGUCCCCUGUUGCCACUCCAGCGGAUGAGAAAAAGGGCAGAGCACCAGCCUUGGAUGCUUCUAUGGAAAUGCAGGCCCGGGAAAGGAGGACUGUGAUGGAAGGCAGUGUGCGCGCCGUGGAUUCAGCUACUGGAGCACACCUCGAUGUCGACUCAAUUCCUCUACUCAACGAUGAAAGCGCGGCCGAGGCCAAGAAGACUUCAUGA